GUUUCACAGUGAGUUUUCUGAUGUUCGCUUCAGUUUCUAGCCUAUGCCAACCUUACAAUGGAUACUUAAGUCUCAUCUCACUCACUGUCUCUCUUUUUCUCACUCUCUUCUCAUUUCUGCACACACCGAUCGAUCACUCUCUUUCUCACAGCCGAUCUACUUCAUUCACAGGUGAUCUCUGAUUUUUUUCAUCAUCGCACAGCCGAUUUUUUUCAUCGCACAGCCGAUCACUCUCUUUCUCAUCUCAUCGCACCGAUCAUCAUCGCACAGCCGAUCUGCUUCACAGCCGAUCUACUUCGUAGGUGAUCUCUGAUUUUUUUCAUCAUUGCACAGCCGAUCUACUUCACAGAGUGCAAGAUGGCAGCAACAUCCGCAACUACAUUUUCAGUCAGAUCAACCAUGCCCUUAGGCUCCAAAGUGAGCCCAAUUUCACAACCAAAGGCUUUUGGUGUGAGAUUCAACUCCAAGAACUGUGUCAAGAACUUCAGUGGUCUCAAGGCAGCAACUUCCGGAAGCUGUGAAUCAGACUCAUCCUUCUUGGGCAAGGAAAGCAGUGCAGCUCUUAGAGACUCCUGCACACCAAAAGCUCAGAAACAAUACCAGAGAUCUUGGAAGAACCCUCAACCCCAGGCAUCUUACAAAGUGGCAGUUCUUGGAGCAGCUGGGGGGAUCGGUCAGCCACUAGCACUUUUGAUCAAAAUGUCCCCAUUAGUUUCAAAUCUUCGCCUUUACGAUAUAGCAAAUGUCAAGGGAGUUGCUGCUGAUCUCAGUCACUGCAACACCCCGUCUCAAGUUUUGGACUUCACAGGAGCUUCUGAGUUGGCCAAUUGUCUCAAAGGUGUUAAUGUGGUCGUCAUCCCCGCUGGAGUUCCUAGGAAACCGGGUAUGACCCGUGAUGACCUCUUCAACAUCAACGCCAACAUAGUGAAGACCUUGGUUGAGGCUGUUGCUGAUAACUGCCCCGAUGCCUUCAUCCACAUCAUCAGCAAUCCAGUUAACUCUACGGUUCCCAUUGCAGCAGAAGUUUUGAAGCAGAAGGGUGUUUAUGAUCCGAAGAAGCUCUUUGGUGUGACCACUCUAGAUGUUGUGAGGGCAAACACGUUUGUCGCACAGAAGAAGAAUUUGAAGCUUAUUGAUGUUGAUGUCCCAGUUGUGGGUGGACAUGCUGGAAUUACUAUUCUACCCCUUCUGUCAAAGACGAAGCCCUCUGUUAGUUUUACAGAUGAUGAAAUACACGAGCUAACUGUGAGGAUCCAAAAUGCUGGGACAGAAGUUGUGGAAGCAAAGGCCGGUGCAGGGUCUGCUACCCUGUCGAUGGCAUAUGCGGCUGCAAGAUUUGUGGAGUCCUCUCUCCGUGCUCUUGAUGGAGAUAGCGAUGUCUAUGAGUGCUGUUUCAUCGAGUCUGAUUUGACUGAACUUCCAUUCUUUGCAUCAAGGGUCAAGCUAGGAAAGAAAGGGGUUGAGGCAGUGAUUUCUUCGGACUUCCAAGGAUUGACUGAGUAUGAGCAAAAGGCUCUCGAAGCCCUCAAGCCGGAACUAAAGUCCAGCAUUGAGAAGGGUAUCGGGUUUGCACAGAAGCAAACGGUGGCUGCAUAAUAGUUGAAUAGCUGAAACCACCCCAAAGAAAGAAGAAUAAUACUGUAGCAGAGAUCAAAUGCUGUUGAAUCCAUCGUUAACAUGGGUAUAUUUCAGUUUUGUAGACAACUUGCGAAGCUUUUUUGCAUUUACUCUUUUGUUGUGUUGAAGUACUUUUGUUUCGUUGAUGCAUUGUAACACCGAUAAUCUUGAUGAUAUCUGUGGAAGAAAUCUUUUAUUUCCCUC